UAGAAUCCGCGAGCCAGCUCGGGUGCCUUGGGUUAAUAGGCGCGGGCGCUGCGUCACCCGACGGCGUAUUUAUGUGCGUGCAAUAUGGAUUGUUAUCUGAAGCGGAGAUUGUCCUCUGAAGAUAGAAAGAUACACGUCGAGGCGCAGAGCGGAGGCUGGGGAGCAGUUGUCGACGCAGCACGCUUUUUUGGCCGGUGGCUUGGAAAUUGGCGCUCAUCAGGCAUGAAGUCGCCCCCCAAGAUGCAGCAGCAGGAGCAGGACCAGGAGCAACAACAGCCCUGGCUGGCCGACGACGACGCCGAGGACGCCGAAGCCGACACCCGCUGCGGCAUCGGGCCGUGCAAGAGGCUCGAGUUCUUCAACAAGUAUUUCGCCAAUAAAAACACGUUCAUCUUAGUGUACGGAGUGCUCGGCUGCAUUUACGGGUCCACCUACGCCUACUCGAACGCGACCCUUUCCACCAUAGAAAAGAGAUUUAAGAUUCCCAGCAAAGUCACAGGUGUGAUAUCAGUGGGAAAUGAUAUCAGUUCACUGUUUGUUGCUGGCCUGCUUGGCUACUACGCCGGCAAAGGUCACAGGCCAAGGUGGAUGGCCGUGGGCAUCUUUUGUGUGGCCAUGUUCUGUUUCAUCACCCUGCUGCCACACCUAAUCUGGGGUCCUGGCGAGGACGCCCUCGGCCUCACCCUUGAGGAAGGCGGAGUCGGCGACUCAACAGACUAUGACGUCCAAUUAAUCAUGAAACGCAAAACCCUCUGUCGGGCGGGUUUGAACGACAGCUUGGCGGGCGCUGAAUGCUACACGCCGGGAAACACGGAAGAGAGCGGCAUCGCGCCGGCCUUCCUGCUCUUCCUGGCGCAGUUCAUCUCGGGCAUCGGCGGCUCCCUUUACUAUACGCUGGGCACCUCGUACAUGGACGACAACAUCAAGAGGUCGAAAACGCCGGCCCUCGUCAGCGUGACCUACUUCAUGAAGAUGCUGGGUCCGGCAGUGGGCUACUCGCUCGCCUCGUUCUUCCUCAAAGUGUACAUCGCGCCCGAUUUGACCCCGAGCAUCACCAACACGGACCCCAGGUGGCUGGGGGCCUGGUGGGCCGGCUGGGCCGUGCUCGGCAGCCUGCUCUUGGUGAUGGCCUUCCUCAUCUCCAUGUUUCCGCAGACCAUGCCCCGCACGAUCAUCCGGCGCCGCGAGGCCAGGGCCAGGGGCGAAAAGGUCGAGCAGAGCGCCAGCAGUGAAAAAGCAUCGCUCUCGGACAUGAUCGACACCGUGAAACGACUUCUGAAAAACAAGAUCUACAUGUGCAACACUCUAGCAGCAAUAUUCUACAUGUUCGGCUUCAUGCCGUUUUGGAUGUACACGCCAAAAUACAUUGAAGUGCAGUACAGAGUGUCUGCAGCAAGGGCCAGCUUCUUCACUGGUUCCGUUGGACUCGUCUUCUCCGCGUUUGGGAUCUUGAUAUCGGGAUUCGUGAUCACGAAAUUCAAGCCGAGCGCCCGAUGUCUCGCCUUGUGGAACGUGUUCGUUUCCAUUAUCGCGGUGUGCGCGACGAUAACCUACCCCUUCCUCGGCUGCAACGAGAGCGACUUGCAAAGCAGGCAGAUGGUGCUGCACAAGGAUGAAGUGCAACAGGCGUGCAACCUGAAUUGCGACUGCGACUUCGUCAAAUACUCUCCAGUCUGCUCCGAGGACGGGCAGACCACCUUCAUUUCGGCUUGCCACGCCGGUUGCAGAGAUUUUGUGAUGGAAGAUAACAAAAAAAUUUUCACCGACUGCUCUUGCAUCCCAUCGCCGAUCGGAGCAGCGGCUUUUCAACUCAGCGAGGACUCGAUUGAAGUGUCCAACUUUUCCGUCCAGGACCUUGCGUCCAACAACGACUCGGUGUUGACCACGAGCACACCGAGCUCAAUCCUCAGCAAUCUGCCUCAAUUUAUGGGUGGAAGAGCCUUUUCAGGACCUUGUCCUGUCGACUGCACCUUUAUGUUUUACUCCUACAUCGCCCUGGUGUGCCUCCUAAAGUUCACGGGAGCGUCUGGCAGGACCAGCAACUUUUUGGUUUCAGUCAGGUGUGUAUCAGAAAGAGACAAGGCGACGUCACUAGGUUUCGGAAUGAUGCUAUUUAGCUUCUUCGUGUUCAUUCCUUCUCCGAUCAUUUUCGGUUACAUAAUCGACAGCACGUGUGUCGUGUGGGGCAAGACGUGCACUCGGAAGGGCAACUGCUGGCUCUACGAGGGAGAGUCGAUGCGCUUCAUCAUGAAUUUCACGGCCGCAGUGUUUGUCGCGAUUGGAACGUUGUUCGACGUCGGCACGUGGUACUACGUGAAAAAUCUGCAAAUCUUCGAGGCCAACCGGGACGAAAACAUGGGCACAAAAGAGGAGCGGGAGCUGAUUAAUGUACAAAGGGCUGAUAAUGGAGAGCUCGCCAAGCCAAUAAGUGCCGCCGACCACGCGGAUAGCGAGUGAAGCGAGUACCAAUUUACGAGGGAAAACACCCGUUCGUGAUCGAUUUCUCAACACACUUCCGUGAUGCCCGCAGUGAGGAAAUAAAAAAAGAAGAAAAUUCGCUAAUUCGCAUAUUUUUUCUCACUGACAUAUGAUUCGAAGUGUAAGGAAAGUGCUCAGUACUUGGUAGCUGGAUAAGAAGAAACAUUCUAAACACGGGAAAACACGCUCAGUUGCUCUCGUCAGUAUUUUGACCGGAUAAUUUGAUUGUGAUAAGAUUUUUGUGCCUCGUAUCUUUAUACAAAUUUAAAAUAGUGUUGUUGUUAAUUAUUACCAACGUAUUGUAAAAUAUACCCAAAAUAAAAUAUACAUCGUA